CCAGAAGAAGAAGAAGAAGAGGAGGAACACGUCAAAACACACAAUGGCCGCGUGAACCCAAGAGGAACAGGAGGCGCCCCCAAGAGUAGUUUCCAAGAAGUCAUGGAGUAAUAGGACGAGGUGCAGGGGCCAUGUAUUACCCGGUGGGGCUGCCCAGGCGCCUCGGGGUCCCUGGGGGUGAUGCCCACGGGGACGUGAAGGCCAUAGUGUGUAAUAGAGACAGAGUUCUCUUUGCCAUCCUCACCGAGAAGGCCAUUUUUAUUUGGUUCAGCCGACCAUGUGUGCCUGUGGUCGUCCACCAGAGGUCGGAGGAGUCAGUGAACAGCAGCGGCACCAACCAGAUGCUGGAGUGGCGCCACGACUCAUCCAUGAUAGUGGUUGGCACUAACAAGAAUCGGCUGAUCUUCUACUCUAUCGUGGUGGAUGAGUCUCGGCGGGAGGUUUACGAGCAGAGGGACCCGCCCAACCCCACCCUCAAGCGGGAGUCUGCCGAGCUGUAUGCCUGCGAACCCAUCCCGCCUCUCAUGUUCUCCACGGCUUUUGAGACCGAGGUGAAUGGAGGCGUGACUGGGCUCGUGUGUCUAAGGGACGAGCUGAUGGUUGCCACAGGCUCGGGCCAUAUCCAGAGGCUGUGUUGGGACGGCUCCGUCAACUACAGCUACUGUGUGGACCUACGACGCGUCCCAUUCUGCGAUGAUCAGCUGGUAAUGAAGGCGGUGCCCCUAGACGCUCCAGGAGUUCAUGUGGUGGACCUGGAGUACUCCCCACUGGUGGGUGGGUUUGCAGUGGUCCUCAGCGACGGUAGGGCAGCUUUCCUCACCGCCUCCACCCUCAAGUUUGAUCCUAAUGCCGUGCAGGGAAUUUGGGCGCGGGAGUUGGAAGACGCCACGUGCUCUGCCAUCAACCACAAGUACCGCCUGUUGGCAUAUGGACGAGCCAAUUCCCAGGGCGUGGUGUACCUGGUGGACGAGGCAACAGGCGGCCUGGAGGUGUCCCACAGAAUGGUGCUCUCAGACAGGGACUACGGAGGGUCACCAGGGCCAGUGGGUUUCAUGAAGUGGACUCCUGAUGGCACUGUAUUGGGCAUGAGCUGGACAGGAGGAGGGUGGUCGCUGUGGAGUGUGUUUGGCUCCCUGCUGACUGUCUCUCUGCGCUGGGAUUACUCCGAGGAUCCACUGUCUCAUGCUAUUACGAUAACAAAUAUGGAGUGGGGAGCAGAAGGCUACGAGCUGUGGUGUGUCCAGCAGCACGAGGGGGGCAAAGAGUCAAGCUGGAGUCAGACAUCCUUCACUGGUACAGAGGAUGAUAAGAAGGAGGAGGAAAAGGAAGGAGGCAGUUCAGGGACGUCUGUUUUGCAGUUUUCCUUCAUCAAGAGUGCCCUCACUGUUAACCCAUGCAUGAGCCGGCUGGUGAGGGUUCUCCUACAAGGCAGCGACCGUCUCUAUCUCAACACUGGCGAGGGUCUCAUGAGGGCUGGGUCAAGUCCAGCGCAGGAUUCCCUCUCGUUCUUCUUUGACGACGAUGAGGAAGGUGCCUUUGAGGACCGCGCCAGCACCCAGUUCAGUGUGGCCGCCAACAAACAGUGGAUCGUGGUGCCCAUCCCUUACAAGUACACCUCAUCCAACUGGCCAAUCAGAUACACCUGUGUGGACGAGGCAGGUCAGCUGGUGGGUGUGGCUGGGCGCAACGGAGUCACUCACUACUCCUUGAGGUUGAGACGAUGGCACCUGUUUGGUAAUGAGAGCCAGGAGCGAGAUUUUGUGGUGACGGGCGGCCUGCUAUGGUGGCGCUCGUCCUGGCUGGUUCUGGGGGCUUACAACAUCCCCGCUAACACGGACGAGCUGCGCCUCUACCCCCGUGACCACAAGCUGGAUAACUUCUUCCUCACCACUGUCCCCCAGCCAGCACAGGUGUUGCUGCUGAAUAUCUAUGAGGACCAGCUGAUUGUGUUGACUGCUGACUGCCACAUCACCGUGUACAACCUACAGCUCUCUCAGACCAAGUCAGCAGGUGGUACAAGCAGCGUGGUGGUGUCGCGGGUGCAGGAGGUGGACAUCUCUGGGCUGACCGUGCAUCCAGCCUGCGUGGUGUCUGUGCUUCUGACCAGCCUGCGCACCGAGUCCUGGCAGGCCAACAGCGGCCACCACAGCCCCUUGCCGGCCCAGAGUGUCAUCAUCAAUAUCUCUGGCAAGGUCCUCAUGAUACAGAGGGAUCAGCAGCAACCCAUCGGCUCCCCAACCAACGGAAAACUGUUCCACAGUGCCCAGAUGACUCCCAUUGUGCUGGCAUCAAGCUGUGAGGCUCUGUGGUGCAGCAGCUGCACCGUGAGCCACAAGCCCCACCUGAGCCACGCCCUCUGGCUCCAUUGUGGGGUUCACGGCACGCGCGCUUGGCUCCCCCUAUUCCCAAACUCCUCGGAUAAGUCCCACACCUUCAUGGCCCGGAGAAUCAUGCUGCCCUUCACUCCGUCCAUAUAUCCACUGGCUGUCAUGUUUGAGGAGGGCAUCCUGCUGGGCGCUGAAACUGACACCUCCUUGCUGGCCUGUGACGCUGCCUCCCACCACCAGCCCCUCACUGUGGUCGAGCGCACUAGUCAGGUUUACCUCCACCAUCUGCUGCGGCAGCUGUUGCGCCGAAACCUUGGCUACCACGCCUGGGAGGUGGCCAACACCUGCCGGGAGCUGCCAUACUUCCCCCAUGCCCUGGAGCUGUUGCUGCACCAGGUGUUAGAGGAGGAGGCCUCCAGCAAGGACCCCCUCCCAGACUGCCUGCUGCCCCGAGUGGUGGAGUUCAUCAGGGAGUUUCCGGUGUACCUCCAGACGGUGGUGCAGUGUGCCCGCAAGACUGAGCUGGCACUCUGGCGCUACCUCUUCUCAGCAGCCGGCAGCCCCAAGCAGCUCUUCAUCCGAGCACUGGAGGUUGCCCAGCUGGACACAGCAGCCUCAUACCUCAUCAUUUUACAGAAUCUUGAGAGUGCCUCCGUGAGCCGCAGCCUGGCAACGCGUCUCCUCGAUGCCACUCUAGAGGCCGGGAAGUGGGACCUCAGCAAAGACCUCAUCCGCUUCCUGCGCUCCAUAGACCCAACAGAUCUGGACUCUCCCAAGCCCUCGGUGCCCUCCUGCGGCAGUACAAAGGUCGGGUUCACGCACGCCACCCCGCCUGUGUCUCCCGCGUGUGUGGACGAGGAUCUCUCAAUGAUCCUCCCAAACACUCAGAUGUUGUUGAGAAGGAUCCCGUCUGUUCUGGUCCUCCUGCCACAGGUGCUGCGUGGGCGUUCCUUCUCCUCAGCCUCGGCCCCAAAGGUACCCCUGGGAGAGAGUGCCCCGGCCAACCACCAGUCCGUAGUGAGGACCACCUCAGACUCCGCCAAGGUCCUCCCAGACACCACAAGGCCGAGCCAAGCCACGGCCACCACUCGUAAACGCUCCAGCAGUUCUCUCAGCCGGGAAGUUUCGUCGGCGGAGGAAUUCUUUCUUGACGUAAUCCUUCAGAGACACGCUAAGAAACUGCUUCUUGGGGGCCGUCUCAAGGACCUCGGGACCAUGGCUGCCCACCUGGACUUCCCGUUGGUGUCCUGGCUGAGGAGGGAACGUAACCGGGCCUCGCGCGUGGAUGACUUCGUGGCUUCCCUCAAACAGGUCCAUCGUGACUUUUCUUGGCCCUAUCCCUCAGUCCCUUCCUCUCAGAUACGACGCUACUCAGUGUCGAUGGCGCGUGGUGUGGCCGGCGCCGGGGAGAAUGCAUCGCUGGUGGAGGAGAGAAUGCACGGCCUGUCCAUCACAGUACCCAAGAUUGCAUCCCUGGACACUGGAGAGAUUGGCGACAGCGGGUACCUGAGCCAGGCCACGGGGGACACCCAGACUGUCACCCCCCAGCACGGGCCACACUCACCUGUUUCCCUGCCCUCCCCCACCGACAUGAUGCCCCGUCAGGCCCUCCUUCUGCCACACUCCCUUGCAGCUGGCGACAGCAUGAGCGUGAUGAGCGAGGAGGGCACAGUGUACGGCGACGACACCUCAAGCCUGUGUGGUGACUGGGGUCCUGACGGCGGGGACCCCACGCGAGACCUUCUCUCUCGCCCCCCUGACCCCCCGCCUCAGCCCACCCCCAGACCACCACCCCAUGCCGAGGUGCAGUUGAGAUAUCUCCUGCAGGUGCUGCUCGAGGCUGGGUGUCUGGAAUGGAGUGUGGUGGUGGCGGUGGUACUGCGUGACGCCCUGGCCGUGCUGCGUGUAGUGACGCUGGCAAGGGCGCCCGACGUGCCGGCUCAGGUCAUCAACAGACUCUCGGCAGGACUCCAAGAUCUUCUCCUCUUCACUAACACAGAAUGCUUGGGCUACCAGAACUUUUUAGGAGCCAUUGUCAGUCAAAUCAAGGUGCUGGAGAGGCUGGCCAGCACCAGGGAAGUCUCCCGGACACCCAGCCCCCCAUCCUCCCGGCCUCCCUCAACCAGCCGGGAGUCAGAGCCGUCUUCAAACCCAGAGGCUUGUGCAAGAACCACCAUCCAAACCACACCACCAAUGUCCACCCAGCAGCAGGCAGCCCCACAGCAGGCAUUGAAGCAACAGCAGCAGAGCCAACAACCUGUGCAACUGUCGCAACAAAUUCCACAACAGGCACAGCAGCCAACCCUCACAAGGAUGUCAGUCUUGCCCCGACAGACCUCAGCAACGGCAGAAACCUUGGCCGAAGAAACCCUGUCUCAGGCCUCUGAGGAGGAGCUGCUGGUGCAAGAGGAAAAUCCCGUGGCAGUGGAGGAAGGGGGCAGUGCAGCGUGUGUGGUGUCGUAGACAACCGUGUGACACCAUUCAGGUUGGAACAGAGCCACUCCAAGUAUGUCGUAUGUGUCCAUCUCAUCACUGACCAAAGGAGAUGCUGCUCUAUGCUAGCCAUUCUGUAAGGCUGGUGUGUGUGUAGCAGGUGAGUAAAAACUGUUAAUGAAUAACAGGCAACAGUAUAGCUGGUGAAGAAUUCCUUGGUCUUGCUCAUCACACCUCGCAGUAAGGUCAGUGUAGGUGCCCAUGAGGAACAGUUUUGUGACUGAACAACAAGGUGCUGACAUAGUCUUACUCUGGUGUUUUCUGUUAGUUACAACCAACAAGAGGACAUAAAAACAGUGUAAAUAUUAUUGGGUAGAAAUUAUGGUCAAUUUCCACUUAGGGUACUCAGAUCUCUGCUAAAAACAACUGUUUAAUUUUUGUUUAUAAGUAAGCUCAGGAAUACACUUCAUUGUGUGAUGUGCCAGCUGUUGCCUAGGAAAUUGAAGCACUAUUUGAGUGAGCAGAGAGGGCUCAGUAAUGGUCAACAAUAACACUGAUAAUUUUGUACAAACUCAACAUAGCAAUAUGAUACGACAGUCACUUACUGGACGACAGCAAAGAGACAAUAUGAUACAACAGUCACUCACUAGAUGACAGCAAAGAGAAGAAAUCAAAGAGAAGUACACUUAGGAUCAUAUUACUUAUCACUAGCCAAGAAGCUAUCAUUGCCGCAAAUAAACAGACUUUGAACCAAACAAGAAGGAAGCAACUCAGCAUUUGAUGGAGACAUUUAAUACUGAAUGGUGACAGAAGGAAGCUGCCCUGUCAUUUAGUGUCAAGUAGCCUUGACCUGUAGGUGCUUCAGCAUAUCAUGAAGCUGCUGUUUUGGAGAUCACACCCAUUGAGGACAGGAUCUGGGUCACAGUGGAUAUCAUUAUCAGUCCCUUGCAUCCUCCUUUUUUCAUCCUCUUCCCCACCACCUGACUGACUGUCACUGCUAUUUGCUCUUCCGUCCACCUUGUAAUACUGUUAUUUGUGCCCACCAUUUGUUGAAAAGUUUCUAGCCAUUCACAACUGUACGUCAGCGCUUCAUCAUGUUACCAACCACUUUUCUCAUAAAUAUCUUCCCACUAUGGACCUUACAUGAAGAGCCAGCCACACACUGAUGUUGGUCUUGGUAGACAAUAAUAUAUUUUGCCUCUCAGUAUAAUAAUAAUAAUGAUAGGCUUGUUGGUAAAGUUUUGCUUCAGUGGAGGUAGGUUUGUAAGCAUCAACAUGAGCAGUCUGAAUGUCUCUUGAGGACAGCAGUCGACCCUGUUGAUUAUUUUGUACUAAAACUAGAGAUUUGGUGAUAAAUAUAACAUGAUUAGUCAGAUGUGUCCAAGGGGCAGUAGUGCCCUUUGCCAGAGUCAAGGUGAAACGUAUUAUUUAAUAGUUAUAUAUUAAAUAUGUUACAAGAACUACUAUGUGCUUACUGUAAAUAUUUAUAGCCCAAGGGUAGGCGGCCCCAGUGUCGACGCUGUGUGGUAAUGAAGUGGUGGUGGGCUGAGGCCAUCACACGGAGGAAGUGAUCUAUGAUUUGUUUUGUGCUGCAGCAAGGACUCUUUUAUCUGAACGGUUUACACUCAGAGAGCUUGAUAAAGUGAUGCUUAAGAGUUUGUAUUGCAUUUAAUGAAACAUGAUUCUUCCAUCCAUUAAUGAUUAAGAAAAGAUGUGAUGUUAAGUUUUUGUACAUUACCGGCUAGGGUACACUACAUUUACACACCAGUGACACAGGAAGUAGAUCUACGAUGAACCAGGAGACAGAAAUUACCAAACUCUUAAGCAUAUGUGAAGAUCAUCAAGGUUCAUAUGCUAGUUGAUAGGAAAAACCCAUUAUGAUACAGACCUUGGAUUCCUUAGACUUGAUAACUGAGUAAAUUAUGCUUCCCGAUAAAAGAGUUUCUUCUGUGCUCUCAAGUAUUACUGAGGGUCCAAAGUGACUAGGAUAAGUUUCCAAGAGCUUUAAGAUAUAGCUUCAUGGCAGCCCAGGGAGUGGCAACACUACUACAGAAACAGUUAGUGUACAGUCUGUAUAUGAUUGUAGAUACACAUAUUUAUGUAAUAUAUAGGAACGUGUGUUCUAUAUAUAAGGGGACCUGAGAUUUACAACUGUAAGGAUUGAAACUAAGCUCCCCAUGUUUAUUUCUAUAUAUGAACCUUUCCUGCUGCGGGAAUGGUAAGGUUAAGCUCAUAGAAACAAGUGCUGGAAACCUCAGCUGGGAACACCUCUUCAGUGGAAUUCCUGUGCCUGUGGUGCUGUGUGUCCUGGUGGUGAUGCAGCACAGUGGUUACACUCUGGGUAGUCCCCUCGUGCAGGUGAAGCAUAGAUUUUACAAUAUUUUAAGUGUACUGUGAAGGCUAAGGUGCUGAGGGUGUGAGGGUGGGCCAGGACUCCCAGCAGAGGUUUGCUCAUGAGAGAUAUAAAUGGUUCAAGUUGAGAUUCCACUAUUGUUACAUAUUGUUUUGUACAGGAAAGUAUUUUUCAUCUUUUCAAGAUUCUUCUUUUGUAAAGCUGAAGGAAGGCUUUCUGCUCAGUGGCUGUCUCUCAGGCGUCAGUGGUGAGUCACCCGGCACAGGAACGAUCAGACGGCUUUCUGUCAAUUACUUGGACGGCGGCAACUUGCUCACUAAUAUAAAUAUCAAACACAUGGUUGUUGCAUAACUGUCAGUGUUUGGGUGUAUGGGAACAGUCACACAUUUAUUUUCUCCAGGUUUUCCUUACUGGGGUUAUAAGGCAAAACUGACCUUUGGACCUACAUACCUCCAUGGGGUUCCUGCUCUAGCUGAUAAUGCAUUCACUUAGUUGUACCAGUGUAUUUAUGCCUGCUUACACAACACUUAAAUUCAGGAGUUUUACCAAUAAUUCUGAAGAUACAAAAGCUUGUGCCAAUACCAAAGCUUGGUUUAGGAGUUUAAUAUAUUUUAUGAACAGAAUGUGUAUUGCUGGAAAAUUUACAGUUUUGACAGACCAGACACUGAGCCUCAUGGCCAGCAAGAUGUGCGGAACACUGCAUUUCAACAUUACUUUGUCUUCCAAGGCUGGGAGGGAGGAGUCUUAGUGCUAAACUCAUGAAAACAAACAUGGCAAAUUAUAUGGUUUUUAUAUAUACAUUGAAGCAGUGGGGUGAUAAGUUUGGUUUUCCAUUUCUUGGCAGGUUACUGGCUUGCUGUGUGAAGGGAAUGUAACAGUGAGUGAGUGGUUGCCUUUGGUUUGUUUUGAGAGUCAUGGUGUGUUGUGCACCAUAAAUUGGCAUUGGGUUUUAAUUGGUGAUGUCACGUAUCAUAAGAAAUAACUUCCUGAUGGUAAAAAAUAUCUAUUAGUUUGUGAUCCUUGAUGUGUUUGGCUUGGGUUGCUGGAGUGUAUUUAUUCAUGUUAUUUUGCACAAGGUGUUAGCAUCCAGCAUUGCCACAGUUCCGGCAGUUCUGUGAUAGUUGGAACACUGAGGACUCACUGUUUCACCAAGCCAGUCAGAAACCAAAUUGGAAAAAAGACAAUUGGAGAUAUGCAUUUGUGGUCAUGUAGCUUUUCUCACCCUAGUCAAAAGGAUAUUUCUCAGUGGCAGUUGUUUUAUGUGGUAGUAGAAACCAGAAAGAUAUUUUGUAUACUUAAUUUUCCCUUACAUCUUGUGUGUGAAUGACUGAGAGACGGCAGACCACGGGUGCACCAGAUGGGCCCUGGGCUGGAGGGUGACUGCAUACUGGACCUCAGGCCUCAUCAGGUUAUCCCUGGCGCUGCUUGAAUCACAAACACAGCGACCAGUAUUGAUAAUCCCCACACUAUCAUUUAUCCUCAGAUAGGCUGUCCAAUCCUUUCUCAGAUAUAUUAUUGUAAUCAUUAAAAUGCAUAGAUAUAUUUAUUGUUUGAGUUAAAAUAAUAUUCAUGGACUGCUUCAUUCAGGAUACUUGGCUAAGCACAUGUACUGAGUUUCACGUCCGGAGAACGGAGAAUUGGAAACCGCAAUCUGUGUUGUAUCCAUAAUGUGUUAGCUGCCUCGUGUCACCCAUGGAGAAUCACACUUGCAUAUUGCACAGGGAUUAAGAACAUAAGAAUGUAAGGAGUCUGCAAGGGGCCAGUUGUUCUUAUGUUCUGAAUGCUAAAUCAUACCUUGUUCACUGUUUACUGACUGGGUAUUUUAGUAUAUCAUAAUGUUUGGGCAUGUUGGAAAGUAUAAGGAAUGAUCAGAAGUGGGUGUGGAUGGCCUAGCGGGCAGUGCAGAGUUGUGGACAAGUAGCUGUGGCACGGUUCUUUAUCAAGGCUCUUUUUGGAACAACCUUUGUAUGGUAGUGACUUGAUUUUAUUAUACAAACUCCAUUAUCACAUUAAAUCAGCACACUUUUGUAAAUCAAGACAGAUCGUAAGGUAUGACUAGGGUAACAGUUUUAGAGGGAGUACAGCGUUUCCUCGGUAAACGAAUAUAUAUUUAAUAAGACAAAAAUUGAAGAUGCAAUGCAAUGUGCAAUAAUUUAUUACCAAGCCCAGCAGUAGUCUCGUGUCAGUCAUGUGAGUGAAGGAAUCAGUCGGUUUUUCAGAUGUAAAUUCAAACUUGAAAUAAUAAGUUGCAUCCUGUCAUGCAUCGAGGUAGUGGAAUCUGAAAAUGUUAUUGUCUGGGAUGGUAAAAGUUGAUGCGUUGAAGUGGGCAAGUUUACAUGGCCAGCAGUGGAGCCGCAGUGUUUCUCAAAGUGUUGAAAAUAGUAUCUGUGUGUAUAUGUAUGAAGAUGUUUGGAUGAAAACUAUCAGAGGCUUUGCUUGGACAUGGGUAAACACACACACACACACACACAUACUCAAGGCAUUUGUGGUCUGAUGGUCCUAAGAUCCUCAUUUCAUUGUUGUCUAUUUUUUCCCCCAUUAUUUAGUUUUCGUAUUUGUCGUAGGGAACCAGAAAGUAAGCCAUUGUGACUCCUAUAGUCCUAACUUUAACAUCAACCAAAUUUUGCAGUCUUAUUCAUCCUGGUAAACCUAUGAGUGAAAAUUUGCUGAAUAGGUCAUAGUUUUAUUGAUUUGUUGGCGGUUAAAUGUAAGUAAUGCCUAUACAACUUAAUUUAAGCAAGACACAAACCUCAUUCUGCCAGAUACCACUGUGAGAGCUUACAUUGUACCAUGGAAGUGUGUGUGUGUGUAUGUGUACAUGUGUGUGUGUGUGUGUGUGUGUGUGUGUGAGCUGUUCUCUAGGUAAAGCAUUUUAACUUCCCUUUCUUGUCUGUAUUUAUUUUAUUUCCACAACAUUUUAUUUUUUGUCUCCUCCCCUCCCUCCCUUACCUACACAAAUAAACGAAGGCUGAUCACACCGUUUCCCUCCUGCUGUAGCAAUACACUGUCACCUGUAAGGUUGUUGUUGUUAUUGUUACUCAUGAUGUAGCUGCUGCUGCCAUGUCAAUAUUAGAUAAAAUAAUAUUUUUAUUA